AUGCUACGUGAACGCAUCCACUACACAAGGCGAGAACUUGACGCUGUCUCAAGAGAGCUGAUUAAGUUACAUCUUCUCUUAGCCCGAGUCCUGUCCGCAGUUGAUUGGUACCUAACCGACCGCAUCACAACCCAGAAAGCUGCUAAUAUCGGUGACCAAGCUAGAGCCAGACAGUGCAAGAAGUUCAUCAACUUGCAGAAGACACAACAUCCACCCAAACUUCAUGAGAACAGGAAGACUGUGGUCAAUCUAAGUGGUGUACCCUUGGAAGAAGCGGCUUACUCUUCUCUGAGCAAGGGCCUGAACUUUGCGGUAGCCCCUAGUUCUAUCCCAGUUAAGGACAUCCUGUGCGGGGUUGAAAAGGCUGUAAUGGCCCUACCGGAAGAGACUGCAGAGGAGAUUCGACAGGAGACAGUCAGGAUCCUCAAGGACUCAAACAAACCCAAGGACAAACUCACUGGUGCCGAGAGAAGAGUUCUCCGAGCCUUAAAAUCGAACGAGACGCUCACGGUUCUUCCGGCUGACAAAGGUAAUGCUGCCGUGGUUUCGGCCACUUCUGACUACAAACAGAAGAUUGCUGCUCUCUUAGAGGAUAAGACCUACAGAAGCUGA